GAAGCAUCGUAUCGCGCGAGUAAUAAAUACCAAAAACCCUAAAAGCAGUAACCCAAAAAGGUCGCCAAACUCUGCUACACAUUCCCUCUAUUACGACUGUCCAUUUCCCGCCAUUUUCUGUUUGGUUGGUCACUAACUAAGCAGCCAUGGUUAUGCUCAGGUCUCGCAAGAUACUCUGUCCUUCUACUAAAUCCUUGCCUGAACCCGUUACUCCCGCACAGACCCGUGAACCUUCGACCCGCCGACUAUCGCUGCCCUCUCAUGAAUUGGGCUCCGAUUCCACCAGAAGACGAAGCCUCCGUCUCGCUUCAAAAUCUGUUCCAAGGGAUCAAAAUGGGUCCCGCAAAAGGAAGAUUAGUUCUAUUGAAAAAGAGAAGGAAGAGACUGAGGAGCAAAACUCGGCGUUUCAGGUUAAUGACAAUGAUAAUGUGGACAGUGAGAUGAUAUUGAGCUUGAGAUCUGGGAAGCGUGUCGUUAAGAGAAAAGUGGAGUAUGAUAGUGGUGAGAAUUUAGUCAUUGAAGCGAAGGAUUUGAAUGUAGAGGAAUUUGAGAAUGUGAGUGACAAAGACAAAGGCAAGGCCAAAUUAACUGAGAAGUUGAUGGAAAAACAAAGUGUCGUUGAGGGGAAUUGUAGUUCAAGAUUAGAGGUCAACAAAUUUAGUCAUGAGAGUAGUAAUUCAAUGCGAACAAAGAGGAGGUAUAGCAGAGAAGAGAAAGGAAAAGCGAAUUUGGAUGAUGAUGGUUUAUCAAAUUCCAUUGGUAAAGACGAACUGGAAUUGCAAUCCAAAGUUAAAGAGUUAGGUCAUAGUUUAGGGGAAAAUGUUGUAUUAUUGCCUGGGAAUGAAAGGCAGACUAUGAAUAUAAACACAAGCAACAAGAACGAAUCAAGAAUGGACCAAUUUCGUGAUAUUGCUACGAGAAAUGCUUCUCGAUUUGCUCAGUUUGAUCGUCAGGAGGACGAAAAUUUGCCUUCAGAAGUUGAUAAUGUAGAAAUUUCAUCUGUAGAGGAGAAUGAGAGAAUUGAAGAUUGGCCGGGUCCAUUCUCUACUGCUAUGAAGAUUAUUAGGGACAGAGCUAAUAUGCGUAACUCUCAGCAGGGAGCCUCCACUUUAGAAAAACCACAAUCUGUGCCAAUAACAUGGGUUCCGACAAGAAAUAGGCAAUCAAGAACAUGCGUUCCUUCUCUGCAAGAAUUGUGCAUGAGAAUUAUUGUCAAGAAUGUUGAUGCUGUCACUUCGCUCGACCAUGUUCCGGAUGCAUUGAGGCAUAGGCUUUGCCAACUGCUUUGUGAUUGUCGGAAAAUGAAUAGCUCUUUUUUGGAUCUUCUUGUUCGUGGAUCCCCUACGGAGAUACGUGUUAAGGAUUGUUCAUGGAUGUCAGAGGAAGAGCUUGUGAAAUGUUUUGAGGGUUGUGACACCAACAAUUUAUCGGUUUUACAACUUGACCAAUGUGGCCGCUGCAUGCCUGAUUAUGUUAUUCCUGCUACUUUAGCUAGGUCAUCAAGAAGCUUGCCUGCGCUAAUUACAUUAUCCCUGUGUGGGGCAUGCCGGCUUUCAGAUAUUGGGCUGAGUUUACUUGUUGCUUCAGCUACUUCUCUAAGAUCUAUAAAUCUGAGUCAGUGCUCCCAUCUUACGUCCACCAGUAUUGGGACUUUAGCAGACUCAUUGGGAUCAGUUCUUCGGGAAUUGUAUAUUGAUGAUUGCCAAAGCCUUGAUGCGAUGCUCAUUUUGCCGUCACUGAAGAAGCUAGAACAUUUGGAAGUAUUAUCACUAGCUGGAAUUCAAACUGUUUGUGAUGAUUUUGUUCGAGAAUUUGUUGUUGCUUGUGGUCAUAAUAUAAAGGAGUUCGGUUUGGCUGAUUGCACGAAAUUGACUGAUUCUUCAUUGAAAGUCAUAGCUGAAACCUGUCCUGGACUAUGUGCCCUUAACCUUGUUAACUUGAGGAAAUUGACAGAUUCUACUUUAGGAUUUCUUGCAAAUGGUUGUAGAGAGAUUCAAACGUUAAAACUCUGCCGCAAUGCAUUCAGUGAUGAAGGUAUCGCUGCAUUUUUGGAAUCUUCAGGGGAUCUUCUUAAAGAACUUUCUCUAAAUAAUGUUAAGAAGGUUGGUCACCAUACAGCCAUAUCGCUUGCCAGACGGUCAAGAAAUUUGAUAAGUUUGGAUUUAUCUUGGUGCCGAAACUUGUCAGAUGAAGCUGUGGGUUUGAUUGUGGAUAGCUGUUCAUCAUUGAGGGUGCUUAAACUUUUUGGAUGUGGCCAGAUUACGAAGGUGUUCCUAGAUGGUCACUCAAAUCCAGAAGUAAAAAUCAUUGGUUUGAAAAUGUCGCCAGUACUGGAACACCUUUGGGUCCGUGAUUCACAAGAAUUUCCACUGCGAUAUUCAUCCACGCCCUCAUUUUUGUAAUAUGACGAGGCUGGUUUCAGUUUCACUAUCACUUGUGUAUAAUAUAAUGUUAGUAUCAUAUCUGGUAGUCUUAAAUUUGACACUCCAAUUAUGAUAACCAGUUCUUUUGCAUGCAAGGACAUUGAACUUACUAAACCAUUUGCUUGUGAGAUUAAAUAUUAUCUUGUUCUCAUCUGUUGCAUCUCCA